AUGGAGGAUCAGCACCACGGAAGACCUAUCAGCGAUGAGAUUGCGGUGUACCCGAAUGUCGACGAGAAGGAGUGGACGCUCGACAACUUCUACUACAACCGCGAGCGUCGAACUUGGAUCAGACGCCCUAAGAGGGACCCUCACAUUGUGUUCUUCGGACUGCCACUGUACUCGAGGAUGUAUGAGGCCCGCUACAACCUGCGCGGGAACACGAACAAAGUUGCGACAAAGGAGUACAACGAAAUCAAGUUCACUCAUUGCGACUUCAAUACCUUCAUGGACGAUGUUCUCAAGGACCGCGAGAGGAAGUGCAAACUCGGCGGCGAGAUUCAGUUCGCCGCCAUUGCCGCGCAGCCAGACUCGACUGUGGUCAUCGGUUCGAUCGGUGACGACUACGCAGGAACGGUGUGCCUGGAUGGUAUGAAGAAGAACAACGUCAAGACGAUCUAUAAGACAAUCAAGAAAGAGCAGACCGGCUUCCGCGUGCUCUGGAACGACUUCAACUUCAACACCGGCGAACCCGAAUCUUGCCGUUGGACGGUGCCGCUGGCUGGUGCUAAAUGGAAUUACGAGUGGCUGAAGGAGCCAGAGGUUGAGGCGGAGGCAGCCAAGAUGAGUUGGCUUUACAUUGAUGCCGGAAGCAUCUAUGCGCACCUGGGUGUCGCAAGGACACUCGCAGAGCGAGCCGACAACGAAGGCCAGGGCGUCGUUUUCAACUUCUGCAUGACAGACCUCGCCAGAAUCAGGGAGUACUAUGCUUUCCAACCCCUGUGCAAGGCAGCCCACGUCGUCAUCAUGAACAAGGACCAGGCUGAAUGCAUCGAGCGUGAGUGGGGCUCGGGGAAGGCAGACUGGGAGAAGGGAAUUCGCCACAUCGGAAGGCUGUACCCGAAGCGCGUCGAGCACAUGAUGCUCCCCCUUCCCAACGGCGACUCGUUGGUGAAGUAUGUGAUCGUCACACGCGGCUCGGAGGAUAUCGCCAUUUGCAAGUUUAGUCCUCUCCUCGAAGAUUGCCAGGCGAAGAUCACCUACGUUAAGACCCCGCCCGCCGAGAAGCCUGAAUACUGGGAGCAUAUGCCCAGAGACCGCCGGGGCGUCGGGGAGCUCUUCGCCGGGGGUCUUGUGGCUGGUCUCGCGAAGGGUCAAUCGAUCGAGGAGGCCGUGGCCACAGGUCACAAACUUGCUGCAUACAGUUUGAACUAUAUGGGGCCAGUGUUGCCAGGGCAAGAGGAGGAGUAUGAGGACGACGAGUUUUGA